CAAGAGGAUAUUCAUGUAGAUGUGGGGCAGAGGUAGCCAUCAGUUUGUUCUGUUUAUACCACAGGUCUCAUCAGUGCUGUAAAAAUGCUGCUCACUAAGGUCUUCAGAACUGGUCUGCAGUCCGGGAUCCGUCUGCAGAGCACCAGCACUGUUGCAGCCAAAGCUACAACAGCUUCCAGCAGCCAUGCAGGAUCCUUUGGCUUCUCUUUUGAAAUGACAGAUCAGCAGAAGGAGUUCCAGCAGCUAGCAAGGAGAUUUGCGCGUGAAGAGAUGAUACCUGUAGCAGCCGCUUAUGACCGGAGUGGUGAAUAUCCUUUCCCCAUCAUCAAGAAAGCAUGGGAGCUCGGUCUGGUGAACGGCCACAUUCCACAGGAAUAUGGUGGAAUGGGCUUGUCUAUCUUUGACAGCUGCCUCAUCACAGAGGAGUUGGCUUACGCCUGCACAGGCAUGCAGACUGCCAUGGAGGCAAACUCUCUGGGACAAAUGCCUGUUAUUCUUGCUGGUAGUGAUGAACAGAAGAGGAAAUACCUGGGAAGGAUGACUGAGGAGCCUCUCAUGUGUGCAUAUUGUGUCACUGAGCCGGGAGCGGGCUCGGAUGUAGCCGGCAUCAAGACUCGAGCUGUGAAGAUGGGUGACGAGUACGUUGUUAACGGCCAGAAGAUGUGGAUCACCAACGGAGGGAAAGCUAACUGGUAUUUCCUUCUUGCCCGCACUGACCCAGAUCCUAAAUGUUCUGCUGGCAAGGCUUUCACUGGCUUCAUUGUGGAUGCAGACACUCCAGGAGUUCAAGUGGGAAGGAAGGAGAUGAACAUGGGCCAGAGGUGCUCUGACACCAGAGGUAUCACUUUUGAGGAUGUGAGGAUACCGAAAGAGAACGUCCUGAUCACAGAAGGAGCCGGUUUCAAAAUUGCCAUGGGUGCCUUUGACAACACCAGGCCCCCAGUGGCAGCAGGAGCUACAGGCCUGGCACAGAGAGCUCUCGACGAAGCCACCAGCUACGCCCUGGAGAGGAAGACCUUUGGCAAAGUUAUUGCUGAGCACCAAGUUGUGUCGUUCAUCCUGGCCGAGAUGGCGAUGAAGGUGGAGUUGGCCAGGAUGGCGUACCAGCGGUCUGCUUGGGAAGUGGAUCAAGGGCGCAAGAACACCUACUACGCUUCCAUCGCUAAGGCCUUUGCAGGAGACAUCGCCAACCAGGUAGCUACAGACGCUGUCCAAGUAUUUGGAGGCAACGGCUUCAACAGCGAAUACCCGGUCGAGAAGCUGAUGAGGGAUGCAAAGAUCUACCAGAUCUACGAAGGAACAGCUCAAAUCCAAAGGCUCAUUAUCGCCAGAGAACACCUGGGAAGAUUCAAGAAAUGAGCCCCUCCGUCUGACUUGUCUUCAGUUAUUUGUAGCUUUUCUGUACAUAAUGUGUUUCUGUAAUCUAUCUGGCCUCUUAAACUCAGGAUGCAGCUCAAAAUGUUGUUUGCCUUAAUGUGGUUUGUUAAUGCUGUGCUUCAUAGGGCUGAUCCAGACCCUCAAAACAGAGACCACUGUCGCAUAUCAUAAACAAAAUCUUUAAUAACUCAUGUUGCAUCUUAUUGCAUGACCAUGUCCUGUUUAGUACUGGUUAGCGCUGAGGUAAAUAUAUUUCUGUCAGCUGUAGGAAAAACCCUCAGCAGGUUGGAAAUGGUGGCAGCAGGGGACACAUCCUUUUUAAAAUGUAUUGAUUGUAGGAAAUAUUGUUUAACAUUUGAUGAGGAGCUGUUUCUUGUGUUAAACUAAAGCUGCUGAUGAUAAACGUGGACAUGAGUGACUUGAUCCAUUGACAGUCUGAUCACAAACUGUUCUCUCCAAGGAUCUGUUGUGCACAUUUGGGGUUGAGCCACAAGAUCAGAUGACAUUUUAAUGUUCGUAUUUGCCAUAAAAUCCAACUUUUUCUUCAUGCCUUAUUCUGCCUUUCACAUCUGCUUCUGCGCCUGUUUUAAAAGAUUAAAUUUGUAAAAUAACUGUUCGAGCAUGAAAAUACAUUUUUCACCAGAAUGUGUAGAGAUGUAUUAAUGUGUUCAACUGCACAAUGCUUUUCUACUUCAUCAGUUUCCUUCUGCCAGUUCUACAUGUAACACAAACAUGGCUGCAUCAGUUUUACAGGCCAGAUUUGACAGGUGAUGGGGGAUGUAUUGCAGUAUGUAGGCAGGAAUCCUGACUGUUUGCAAUCCUUUUUAAUAAAUUAUUCCAUCCA